AUGAACGCCGAGCUGCUUUCGUCCAUCCAAAAGGGCAAAGGUCUCAAGAAGGCGGUGACCAAUGACCGCUCGGCCCCGCAGAUCGAUGCUGCCAAAAGCAGUGGAGGCGGUGGAGGAGGUGGCGGAGGCGGUGGUUCAGCCAUCUCUUCCGGUGGCGGUCCAACUCUCGGUGGCCCCCCAGGCCUAGGCGGUCUCUUUGCAGGUGGCAUGCCCAAGCUCAAACCCAGCGGCGGUCCUGGCUCGACCAUCAAUACGAGUCUGGGCAAGCCUCCGUCGCGACCGGGCGCAAGUGCACCUUCUGCACCACCCGCCGCUCCUCCUGCGCCUCCAUCGUCCCGUCCUGCCCCAUCAUCGGCACCACCUCCACCGCCGCCUCCUCCGGCCGGUGGUCGUCCCGCUCCGCCUCGUGGACCACCGCCUCCGCCGAGUGCUGCAGCCCCAUCGCUCCCAUCCAGAGGCGUGCCACCUCCGCCCAGCCGCCCGUCGCCAGCCGCAGCACCGUCGUCGGCUCCACCGCCGCCGCCUCCUCCGCCUCCGUCCGCGCCAGCAUCUGCAGCUCCUCCGCCGCCAAGACGGCCUGGCGGAGCAGCUCCACCGCCGCCCCCACCGCCGCCGGGUAGGCCACAGAGCAGCGCACCGUCCGCGCCAUCGCCGCCGCCGCCGCCUGGGCGCCCAAGCGCGGCUGCACCGCCGCCGCCGUCGAGACCCAGCCCGGCUGCGGCUGCGGCGCCAGCAACGCCGACCCGGCCAGCCGGUGUGCCGCCUCCGCCGCCACCUCCUCCUGCCGCAGGUGGCUCGAGUGCGCCGCCGUCGCGGAUCGUUCCCGUGCCUCCGCGCGCGCCUGCGUCGCCCGCACCGUCUUCGCCCGCACCCAUACCGCCGCGUCGGUCAGCAGCGCCGCCGCCUCCCCCACCUCCCGCUGGCGGCCACUCGCGCACCAGUUCGGCGGCGCCGUCUGCGCCCCCGCCGCCUCCUCCGCCUGGACGUGCGCCCGCGUCGCCGGCAUCUGCACCGCCCGCGCCUCCGGGUCGUGCACCUCCUCCGAGCCGCGUGCCGCCGCCGCCUAGCGCUGCGCCGCCUGUACGUGCGCCGCCUCCGCCCGUCGCUGCCCCGCCCGUGCGCACGGCCAGCUCGACACUCGCGCGGCCCAACGGUCCGUCGCCCGCCGCAGCGAUCAGCAGGGUGCUGUCGCCCCCACUCACGUCCGGGUCGCUCAGCUUUUCGCCCAGCACCAACUUUCCGCCGCCGCGCGCGUUCAAUGCCUCGGCCGCAUCGCAGCACCGCUAUCCCAGCGGCGCAUCCAAAGGCACCACAUUCGACUUUGCGUCGAUCGCCUAG